AUGGAGGCCCGUCGCAAAGCAGAAGAAGCUGAGAGGAUUAAGCAAGAGGAGCGCGAUCGUGCCACCGCAAUGAAACUACAGCAGCAGCUAGAAGAGGCAGCAAAAGCAGACCAGGAGAGUAGGGAGAGACUUGAACAGGAGAGAAGGGAUCACGAAAUGGCAAUGCGUCUGGCCGAGGAAACCAACGGGCAUGUUGAAGGCUCCCCACCACAAUUGCGAAGUUUCCCAACAAUGGACACAGUGAACGGGGAGAAUAAGUUGAACAGAUCGGAGCGUGUACGUAUGCAGCAAGCAAUGGCGGGCAAGCAGAAGUACGACCUGUCCAAGUGGAAGUAUUCAGAGCUGCGGGACACCAUCAACACGUCCUGCGAUAUAGAGCUCCUCGAGGCGUGCCGACAUGAGUUCCACCGCCGUCUGAAGGUGUAUCACGCGUGGAAAGCAAAGAACGCGCGCAAAACUACUAUGGCUGAGCAAGAGAGGGCGCCGCAGUCUAUAAUGGACGCCGCCAAGGCGCCGCGGGUUGCGGGGCGCGAGGUGCUGGGUGCGCGGCACCGCUACUUCCGCAUCCCGUUCGUGCGGCCGGGCGGCGGCGAGCGGCGCGGCUGGUGGUACGCGCACUUCGACGGUCGCUACGUGGCGCGCCAGAUGGAGCUGCACCCCGACAAGACGCCCGUGCUGCUGCAAGCGGGCGUGGACGACAUGCAGAUGUGCGAGCUGAGCCUUGAGGAGACGGGGCUGACGCGCAAACGUGGCGCCGAGAUCCUGCAGCACGAGUUCGAGCGCGAGUGGGCGCGCCACAACGGUCCGCCCUACCGUCCGCUCGACAGAAUGCAACAGCAAUCCUAA